AUGGCAACUCUCAAGGAUCAGCUGAUUGUGAAUCUUCUUAAGGAAAAACAAAGCCCCCAGAAUAAGAUUGCAGUCAAUGCGGUUGAUGCUGUUGGCAUGGCUUGUGCCAUCAGUACCUUAAUGAAGGACGACUUGGCAGAUGAACUUACUCUUGUUGAUGUUGUAGAAGACAAAUUGAAGGGAGAGAUGAUGGAUCUCCAACAUGGCAGCCUUUUCCUUAGAACACCAAAAACUGUCUCUGGCAAAGACUCUAUGGAUGUCUUGACCUAUGUGGCUUGGAAGAUAAGUGGCUUCCCCCAAAACCAUGUUAUUGGAAGGGGUUGCAAUCUGGAUUCAGCCCGGUUCCAUUACCUAAUGGGGGAGAGGCUUGGAGUUCACCCAUUAAGCUUUCAUGGGUGGGUCAUUGGGGAGCACGGAGAAUCUAGUGUGCCUGUAUGGAGGGGAGUGAAUGCUGCUGGUAUCUCCCUAAAGACCCUGCACCCUGCUUUAGGCACUGAUGCAGAUAAAAAACAGUGGAAACAAGUUCACAGACAGGUGGUUGACAGUGCUUAUGAGGUGACCAAACUGAAAGGCUACACAUCCUGGGUCGUUGGACUGUCUGUGGCAGAUUUAGCAGAAAGUAUGAUGAAGAAUCUCAGGCGGGGGCAUCCAAUUUCCAUCAUGAUUAAGGAUCUCUAUGGAAUAAAAGCAGACAUCUGCCUUAGUAUUCCUUGUAUCUUGGGACGGAGUGGACUCUUGGAUGUUGUGAAGGUGACCCUGACACCUGAGGAAGAGGCCCAUUUGAAGAAGACUGCAGACCCACUUUGGGGGAUCCAGAAAGAGCCGCAGUUUAAAAAUCUUCUAAUGUUGUACCACCUCACUGUCUAG